CCCCUUCUUCGCAAAAAACUUAACCCUAACCAAAACUAUUCGUAUCAUAGCCCUCUCCUCCACCAGCUCAAGUGCGGCUGUGAGGUUAGUGAUCAGAUUAAAAGUUUUGAUUUUGAAAGCUGCUUACGGCCGAUUGAACAGUUUCAACCCAAAUGCAACAGUGAAUUUAGUGAUCAGACUGAAGGAUUCAAUUUUGAAUGCUCUUGAUUACCUGUUGAACAGGAAAGGGGACAAGGGACUAUUAAGUGAUGACGCACUCGGUUUCUUCGAAGCAUUUCAUGUGCUUCUUGCCUUUCUCGUGGCAUUUCUGACUGCGUUUAUUGGUUUUCACUUCCAAGUUUCGGGCAUCUCACCGCUUGAAUCACAUUUUGCCACCAUCUUGAUUCUCAUCAUGACUACAAUUGUCUAUAGCAUCGCACAUGUGGAGAUAAAACUACCGCAAAACGCUCAGUACCUCCCAAUAUUCAAGCUCAUUUGUUUGGUCUCUGGAAUCGUUGCUUUGGAGCUACUUGUCGCAAUAAUCAUUUGCCCCUUUUGGUUACUCAUGGUUAAUAUAUGUCCAAUCCUAAUUGUGGGAGUACUGCAUCAUUCCUACCAGCAAAUCUACCAGUUUCUCUACUGCGCAGCUAAUUUAGUACUCAAUGCAGUACCUAGCUUGUUCCAAAAGAUUUAUCAGUUCGUUUAUCAAAUAUAUGACUGGCUCCUACAGAUAUUCAAAUCAAUUUAUGUGGCAGCUUCUCAAGUCUUUUCUUCAAAGGAACAAGAAGACAAUGAUAUUGAAAUGGCAUAAAUUGUUUGACUAGAUGUAAAAUAAGCCACCAAAAAAAAAAAAAAAAUUCCACUUAUGCAGUUUUCCUUUUCCGGAAAGUUGACUCUAUCCAAAGGUUAAUUGUACUAUAUUCAGCAUAUGGUUUGUAGUUUGUGCCUAACUAAUUUACAUUUUGCUAAGGAGAAAGUUUGGUUACAAAUUUUGUUGUAGUCAAUGGUUACAAUUCUCACUAAUAAAUUAGUAUGACUAUAUAUUUUAAAA